AUGGCUAAACGCAUCAAGAAGGUUGGAAUCAUUGGUAAAUACGGAACCCGUUAUGGUGCCUCCCUCAGGAAAAUGGUGAAGGAAAUUGAAAUCAGCCAGCAUGCCAAGUACACUUGGUCCUUCGGUAGCAAAACCAAGAUGAAGAGAUAGGCUGUAGGGGAUUCCUGCAUGAAGAUAGUCGCUGGUGGUGCCUGGACCUACAAUACCACUUCUGCUGUCACAGUCAAGUCUGCCAUCAGAAGACUGAAGGAAUUGAAAGACCAGUAG